CCAACUUCUCCGCACCUCUCUCUCUCUCUCUCUCUCUCUCUCUCUCUCUGUGUGUUAUAGAUCAGUCGCCAUUUCGAUGGAUGAGAUGACAAAGAAGGAAAGUUGUAGACCCUGUUCAACUUUACCUGGUCUAGCCAUGCACCAAGAUUCGAAAAAAAUAUCAAAACCCAAGCCAAAGAUACGCAUAAUUCACAUAUUCGCACCCGAAAUCAUCAAAACCGACGUAGCAAACUUCCGUGAAUUGGUGCAACAACUCACCGGAAAACCCGCCGAAAAGGGCUGCAAAAAGAAACCAAGAAUUCCCAGAAGAGAAGAGCCAAGAAGUGCUUCGUCGACCGACAAGCCGCCGGUGGUCAAGAAAAUGGAAGGGAUGUGGAAUGGCGAGAAUUCAGGUGGGUUCUUGGGCGGCUUUGCAGAUUUGGAGGGUUUUAUUCAAGAGCUUGGCGAAUUGCCGUUUCUUCCGUUGGAUGCUUCCCACAUGCAUGGCUUUGGAGAAGCUCAACUUGCCUAGUGAAAGAAUUAAAGAAAUCAAAUGGUUUUUCUUUGUAUAUCUUUUUCUCUUCUUUUAAGGAUGUUUGAUCGUUAAGAAAUUAAAUUCGUUUUGUUGGUUUUAGAUGCAUGGUUUAACUGAAUUUUUAUGUUCUAAAAUUCCAUCUCUCUUUAUUUUAAUUUCCUGAUACUCUGAGAUCUCUCUGUGCUGUAAAUAGCUAGAAGGGCUAUAGUUUAAGGAUUUUCCAGAGAAUGACUGAAUUGAAUUCCUCUUACUUUUGUAUCAUUGCAUUUGGAUGUAAUGGAAGCAACUGAAAAUCUUUUAUUGA